AUGUAUUGUCAAAAAUGUAGAACUCCCUUGAAAUUGGACCACUCUUUGGAGCAUCUCAAUCCAUCCUCGUUCAAAAUACUGGUUGACUCGACCCCUUCUCUACCACCGCAAACUGCUCAACCACCCAAAACACUUGCUGCUCGCGAGCGAAGAGAUAUUUACGACAAGGCUGCUCAAAAUGCUGGUCCCGCUCAACACAAGCGGUCCAUACCCGCCCCUCACAAGACAACCAACUUCAAUCCUGCCAUGUCCUAUGUCAUGUUAAGCGAGUCUCAGCUAGGUCCUUUGUCACCAGAAGAACCAAACCCUUCCAAAAGCAAGUCUAUCGAAAAGGACUCGAAGCCAACUGAUCAGAAUGUAUCAAAAAGUCUUUCUGCUGAGAUGGAGAAGAGCUUACGAUUAUGGGAAAUUCUGUCUUCUCGCUCAGACAUCGAUCACCCCAUAUGCUCGGAAUGCACCGAAUUGUUGUUGACGGGCCUCCAACAACGCCAAACAACUGCAAAUCGUGAGCGACAGGCCUACGCCGAGUUUUUGAAGAAAGCCAAAGAGGACAUCCCAUCAGAAGAAGAGCAGCAUCAGGCACGUGAAGCGCUUGCUGCCGCCAAACAACAGGAACAGGACGCUCUUGAAGAGCUGGAAGCACUAGAAGUCGAGAAGGCAGCAAUGGAAGAAGAGAUUGCUGCCCUCAACCGCGAAGAGGCAGAGCUGGAAGAAGAGGAAGCGGCUUUCUGGCGAGAACGUAACGAAUUCGACGACACUGUCACCAAAUUCAGAGACCAGAACGACAGCUUGCUCAAUCAACUACAGUUCGACACAAAGAUACUGGAAGCACUACAGCGAACGAAUGUCUAUAAUGACUCAUUCUGCAUUGAUCAUGAUGGGCCAUUUGGUACAAUCAACGGGCUGAGAUUGGGUAAGCUUCCAGAUCACUCUGUCGAGUGGCCCGAGAUCAACGCUGCUUGGGGGCUGUGUGUUUUGUUGUUGACCGUUGUCGCCGAGAAGCUGGAGUACACGUUCCAUGGCUACAGACCUCUUCCGAUAGGCUCUACGUCCAAAAUUGAGAAGCUCGAGUACCCGGCCAAUGAUCAAUCACGAACAGGAAAACCGAAAGUCACCACACUAGACCUGUUUUGCAACAGUGAUCUCCCAUUGGGACUGGGCUUCCUGCACCGUGGCUUUGAUAAUGCCAUGAUCGCGUUCUUGGAGUGCCUACGACAGCUAGGUGAGCAUGUUGAACAGUCUCCCUCGUACGUGGGCGCGUCGGCCCUAAGUCGCAAACUCCCUUACAAGAUCAGCAAGGACAAGAUUGGUGAUAAUAGCAUCAAGCUUGGAACCUUCAAUCAGGAGGAAGCUUGGACAAGGGCAUGUAAAUAUACCUUGACAUGCUGCAAGUUCUUGCUUGCGCAUGCCAGUCAUGUUGACGAUCUGAAGCAGGAUGGUCAGACUGCUCGUUAA